AGUUCAAAACCUAAGGUUACUACUUGUGUUUGAAAGUUUGUUUAUGUUCUUUCAACAAAUCAAAAAUUCAUUACUAUCUUGAAUGCUUUAGGCUUUUUAACACAGUAUGUGCAACUAUAUCUUGGGUCUUGUCUAUUAAUCUAUAUUUAAACGUUAUUUUUAAACCAAGACAAACUAUAAUUAGAGUCGAUAACCUUUUGAUGUGUUAGUUAGUUUUAGGUCAUGUUAUCAAUCAUAUUAAACGGGAACGGAUGGUUGAAGUAUGCAAUUCAAUUUGUAUUAUGACAUGGUUUUCAUCAUCCCAUUUCCCGUGAUGGAAAAUCCAAACUAGAGCAGGAAAUGCAGAUUCUAUGAAUAUCUUCAUGGGAAAAUAAACGCCAAUUUAUGAAUCAUAUGAAAAUGCAAUUAUAAUGGUAACCUAACAACGAAAAUGAUUUGUUUUGGAGGAAAUGUGCAAUUUCUGUUGAUUUUCUUUUCCUUGAAAGAGUGUUUCAGUAUGAAAAAUGUCAAAAAUGUAACGAUGUCCUCUGGGAAAGUCGCACCUUACGAACUACUGCGUGCAGUUGAUGGAGAUAAUUUUACUUAUGUACAGAGUGAGGGAACAAACAUAUCGUUGAGCAUCAUACUAGAAAAGAAAAUUAAUAUUUCAUGUUUUUACAUGAUAGUUCGAGGAGGUAAAUAUGACGUUUACAUUAGUGAUGAUGUGGUAGCUUUAGGACGGUUAUGUAGAAGUUUCCACAUACAGCGAGAGAUGUUGAAACCCCACUCCGUGCGUUUCUGUUGUAAUGAAGACAUGGAUGGGGAAAAAGUGACUGUCAUGAAAACAGACAAUAGGCCUCUCCGAUUAUUUGAGAUUGACAUGAAUGAUUGCUCACAACAUAAACAGAAUAUGCACGACUGCAGCAACUGUAAGGGAUUUUGUAGUGACUGUCUACAAAUAGACACAGACUGUAUAUCAUGUGUGGAUAAUCCAGCUGCUGUUGGCUGUGGUAAACAUUGUUCCUGGCAAUGUGUUCCGGGGGCGUGUGGCUUGAACGGAACAUGUUCAGAGUGUUAUCGGGGAUAUCACGGUCCGAAAUGCGACCCAUGUGCCGCUGACAAGUAUGGUAUAAACUGUGAGCAAUUUUGCAAUCAUGGCUGUAGAUAUAAAUGCGAUAAAGAGACUGGGGUUUGCCAAGCUUGUGAGAAUGGAUUUUACAGUCCUCCAACAUGUAGCAAUUCAUGUAGUGCAAAUUGCAAAUCUUGUGAGAAUUCAACACACUGCGAACACUGUCAGAAGGGACGAUAUGGUAACAUUUGCCAGCAAAUAUGUCCGGAUCACUGUGAUGUUUGCAUCAACUCCACGCUUUGCGUGCAUUGUGAAGCUGGUUACUUUGGCGCGCUGUGUAACUCUAAGUGUCCUGACCACUGCGUGUCUUGUGUAAAUGAAUCUUUCUGUGAUGUGUGUUUGUCUCAAUGGGGAGGACCAUUGUGUCGCUGUAGUGAGUUCUGCGAUGGGGAGUGUUCUGAUCAAGGGGAAUGCUUCGGUAACUGUUCGGCCGGAUGGUUCGGUUCUAACUGUCAUCACCAAUGCUCUCCGCAUUGCAAACAUUGCCUUGAGUCUGCUGACAACUGCACAGAAUGCCAUCACGGAGAACCGCCCCAUUGCUCCGAUGUAAAAUUGUAUAUUUCCGAAGAGACGAUGACCAUGAUGAUGGCCAGCAGUGGAGGGAUCAUAUUGUUAGUAUUAAUAGCGAUCUGUAUCAUCAUCGUGAUCAGAAAAUUGUGUUCAAAUUCAACAAGAGACACCUAUGGUAUCAUUGAUGAUCAAAACAUCGAAUUGGAACCAAUGCACCAACCCAAUCCUUAUUCCGAUCUGGAGUGCCCUCAAUAUAUAAACGACUCCCACAGAGUAUCAGUCGACGAAUUCAUUCUCACUGUACAUCAUAAGAAACUUAACAACAGCUUCCAAAGGGAAUUUAAGAAAAUACCUUAUCAUAUGACGGAAUCAUGUAGUGCAGCUCUAGAUCCCAAGAACAAAUCCAGAAAUCGAUACAAAAAGGUGUAUCCGUAUGACGCUAGUCGUGUAGUGCUGGACACGUUUAACUGUCCCGGAAGUACAGAUUAUAUAAACGCCUGUUUUGUGCAUGGCUUUGAAAGACAACGAGCUUACAUUGCAGCACAAGGUCCAUUUACUGAGGAUACUGUGAUAGAUUUCUGGAGGAUGGUAUGGCAGAUGAAGACUGCAAAGAUAGUGAUGUUAACUAACGUAACUGAAAAUGGCCAGAUGAAAUGUGUGAAAUACUGGCCAUCUAAUGAGGCCUCUAUAGGACCGUUCCUGAUUAAAACUGAGAGACACAAUACAUACAGGCGAUACACAAUACGCCAUAUCAAACUAAAAAUGGGCAUUGAGGAACGAGACGUGACUCAGUUUCAAUAUACAGCCUGGUACACAACAAAUGUCCCGACCAACAUAGAUUCUGUUCUCCUGUUCAGAAAUCUCAUUAUGAGCGACAUUUCUAAUGACAGUGGUCCCCUUGUUGUACAUUGCAGUGCUGGUGUCGGGCGGACGGGUACAUUUAUAGCCUUGGAUUAUCUGUUACAGGAAGGGUUGGUAACAGGAUCUGUAGACGUGAUCGGCUAUAUCAAAACACUGAGGCAGCAAAGACCUUACGCGGUCCAAUCCACCGUAAAUCUCUCUAAAUCUCUCUCUCUCUCUCUCUCUCUCUCUCUCUCUAGAACUGCAUGCAGAUCGUUCAAUUCUUCAUUAUACACACCGUUCAAAACUUUAUUUUCGCUUUAGUUGUCGUUAUUUUCAUCAAAAGCAUAAAAUUGAACUUGUAGUUAGUAAAAAGUAGUACCAAUCUCAUUAUAUUUUCCCACCAAUUAUGUAUAACGCAUGAAUUAUUAUUAAAACUAAUUGAAUUGUUUUUUAAUAAUUACCUCACUUAACUUGGAUAAAUUUCCAAAUAGGAUGAGUACAUAUUCUUACAUGACGCUUUGGUGGAGGGACUUUCCAGCGUGCAUGAGAACAGAACAAUAGAAAUUGCCGAUGAAUUCUGAAGAGACAUUUAUCUUUAAAGAAGAUAUAUCAUCUCAGAAUGGAUCAUCAUGUUGACUGGUGGCCUAGAGAUAUGAAUAAUCAUGUGGACUGGUGGCCUAGAGAUGUGAAUCAUCAUGUGGACUGGUGGCCUAGAGAUGUGAUAUUUUUUAUACAACAACGGGUUUACCUGUUAUUUUUGUGUCAAACAACUUAGUUCAAUGUCAUGGUUUUUCCAUACCACAGGACCCAAAAUUCCAUUUAAACAAGCUUGAAUUGUAUAUAUCAUAUAAAUUGAUUUGUGAUGAA